GCAGCCCUGGGCUCUUUUCUUUCCCUAGGGAGAGGAGCGCAUGUGGGCGAGAGAGGUAGACGGAAAGGAGGAGAGGGGAAGAGAGAGAAAAAGGCUGCCGUCACUGGAGGUGGCGGCUCCCACUACUGCUGUCACUGAAUAGAUGAGCCGGUUGCUGGUGGUCAGUCGUCCCAGGCACACGGAGGGGAUAGGAUCUGCAGUGUCGUGGAGCAGGAUGCCUGCGGGAAGAGGAGGAGGGGAUGGAGCCGGGUCAGGAGGCUGCGGGGCGAUGGGUCGGGGUCUUCGGUCCGGGCUGUGGACGGCGCUGGCGUGGGGCGUUCUGGUGCUGCUGGCGGGUCAGGGAGGUGCAGAGGCGUGCCCGAAUCCCUGCAGCUGUCUGGGGAACACGGUGGACUGCCACGGCCUGGGGAUCCACUCUGUGCCCAAAAGCAUCCCCAGAGGAACUGAGAGGCUAGACCUGAAUGGGAACAACCUGACAGUCAUCACCAAGACAGACUUCUCUGGCCUCAAACACCUCAGAGUCCUUCACCUGAUGGAAAACCAGAUCAGUAACGUUGAAAGAGGAGCUUUUGAUGAUCUGAAGGAGCUUGAAAGACUCCGUCUCAACAAAAACCGUCUCGGCCAACUUCCAGAGCUGCUCUUCCAGAAGAAUGAAGCCCUGUCUCGACUGGACCUCAGUGAAAAUAGCAUCCAGGCCAUCCCAAGGAGAGCUUUCAGAGGAGCCACGGACCUCAAAAACCUUCAGCUGGAUAAAAACCAUAUCAGUUGUAUUGAGGAGGGGGCAUUUAGGGCUCUGCGAUCUCUGGAAGUACUCACACUCAACAACAACAACAUCACCAGUAUUCCAGUCUCCAGUUUCAACCACAUGCCGAAGCUUCGCACCUUUCGUCUCCACUCCAACUCCUUGCGUUGUGACUGUCACCUGGCCUGGUUGUCUCCAUGGUUACGUCAGCGGCCGGCUUUGGGCCUCUACACUCAGUGCAGCUCUCCUCCCGCUCUGAGGGGCCUCAACCUCGCUGAGCUGCGUAAGAGCGACUUCGCCUGCUCAGGCCACAGUGGUAGCGCCUUCGUCCAGCCGUGCAGUUUGGCAUCUGGGUCCUGUCCUCCAAUGUGUUCCUGCAGCAACAACAUCGUGGACUGUCGAGGGAGGGGCCUCACCGCCAUCCCCGCUCACCUCCCCGAAGCCAUGACCGAGAUUCGUCUGGAGCAGAAUGGCAUCAAGUCAGUUCCUCCAGGAGCCUUCACCUCCUACAAGAAGCUUCGGCGAAUAGACCUGAGUAACAACCAGAUAUCCGAGAUCGCCCCUGAUGCUUUCCACGGCCUCCGAGCUCUCAACUCACUGGUGCUGUAUGGUAAUAAGAUCACUGAGCUGCCCAGCGGAGUGUUUGAUGGCCUGGCUUCCCUGGAGCUGCUGUUGCUUAACGCAAAUAAGAUCCACUGCAUCCGAGCCACAGUGUUCAAAGAUCUGGAGAACUUGGCUCUCCUGUCGCUGUACGACAACAAGAUCCAGAGUCUGGCCAAAGGCACCUUCAACUCUCUGCACAGCAUCCAGACCCUCCACCUGGCCCAGAACCCUUUCGUGUGUGACUGUAAUGUGAAGUGGCUGGCCGACUUCCUGCGUUCAAACCCCAUAGAGACGAGCGGAGCGCGCUGUGCCAGCCCUCGCCGCCUCGCCAACAAACGCAUCGCACAGAUCAAGAGCAACAAAUUCAGAUGCUCCGCCAAGGAGCAGUACCACAUUCCAGGCACUGAAGACAGACGUCUGAGCUAUGAGUGUAACAGUAAGCCAGUGUGUCCUGCUAAAUGUCGCUGUGAAGCCAACGUGGUCGACUGCUCCAACCUCCGUCUCACCAAGUUCCCUGAGCACCUGCCGCCCUCGACUGAAGAGCUGCGUCUCAACAACAACGACCUCUCCGUGCUGGAGGCCACCAGAGCCUUCAAGGGCCUGUCGCAUCUCAAGAAAAUUAACCUGAGCAACAACAAGAUUUCAGAGAUUGAAGAUGGAGCGUUUGAGGGCGCGUCCUCGGUAGUAGAGCUUCACCUGACGGCCAACCAUCUGGAAUCUGUGAGAGGGAGCAUGUUCAGAGGCAUGGAGGGCCUUCGCAUGCUGAUGCUGAGGAACAACAAGAUCAGCUGCAUCCAUAACGGCAGCUUCACAGGGCUGACCAACGUCAGGCUGCUCUCCCUCUACGACAACCAGCUGAGCACCAUCCUGCCAGGGGCCUUCGACACCCUGCCCAACCUGUCCACACUAAAUCUCCUGGCCAAUCCUUUCAACUGUGACUGCCGCCUAUCCUGGUUUGGGGUGUGGCUUAGAAGCCGGCGAAUUGUGACGGGGAAUCCUCGCUGUCAGGGCCCCGCCUUCCUCCGAGAGAUCCCACUGCAGGACGUGGCUGUCCCUGAUUUCCGCUGCGAGGACGGCUCUGUGCUGGACGACAGCAGCUGUGUUCCAGGACCUCAGUGUCCCAGCCAGUGCACCUGCAUGGACACGGUGGUCCGCUGCAGCAACAAGCACCUGCAGGCUCUGCCCAGAGGGCUGCCGCGCAACGUCACUGAACUGUAUCUGGAUGGGAACCAGUUCACCAGUGUUCCUAAGGAGUUAGCCACCUUCAAAUACCUGCAGCUUGUAGAUCUGAGCAACAAUAAAAUCAGCUCCCUCUCUGACGACUCCUUCUCCAACAUGAGCCAGCUCACCACGCUGAUCCUCAGUUACAACUCCCUUCGCUGUAUCCCUCCUCUGGCUCUGGGAGGCUUACGCUCUCUGAGGCUGCUCUCUCUCCAUGGCAACGACAUCUCCGAGCUGCAGCAGGGCAUCUUCAGCGACGUGGCCUCCUUGUCUCACCUAGCGAUCGGAGCCAACCCUCUGUACUGCGACUGCCGUCUGCUCUGGCUGUCAGACUGGGUGAAGAGCGGCUAUAAGGAGCCUGGUAUCGCUCGCUGUGCCGGCCCCCGCGGCAUGGAGGGCAAGCUGCUGCUCACCACGCCUGCCGACAAGUUCCAGUGUCUGGGUCCUGUGGAAGCUUCUGUCCAGGCCAAGUGUAGUCCGUGUGUGUCCUCCCCCUGCCAGAACCAGGGCGUCUGCCAGCUGCACCACACACAGCAGUUCACCUGUUCCUGCAAGUCCGGCUUCACGGGUAAACACUGUGAGACUCCGGUUGAUGCUUGUGUCAGUAAUCCCUGCACUAAUGGAGGAACCUGCCUCAGUGACGAGCAGACCAGAGGCUUCAGCUGUGCAUGUGCAUUUGGUUUCCAUGGCACUUUCUGCGAGGUGAACGUGGACGACUGCGAGGCCCAUGGAUGUGAGAACGGCGCCACCUGUGUGGACGGAGUCGGCAACUAUACUUGCUUGUGUCCUCCAAACUACACAGGUCUGUUCUGUGAAGAAGAGGAAGGUGUUUGUUCUCCAGGUAGAAAUCCCUGUCAGCAUCAGUCCACAUGUGUCAGCACUCCUACUGGCCCCAGAUGUGUCUGUAUCCCAGGCUGGGUUGGGCCAGAAUGCAGGAUAGAUUAUGACGAAUGUUCAGACCAUCGCUGUCAGAAUGGGGCUCAGUGUGUCGACCAUCUGGAUGGCUACAGCUGUGUCUGUCCACCGGGAUUCAGUGGUGAGUUGUGUGAGGUGGCCCUUCCUCCCCCGUCUCCCUGCCAGCUGGCUCAGUGUCAGAACGGCGCCCCCUGUGAGGAGAAGAUGGACACUGCAGUCUGCCAGUGCUUGCCAGGCUUUGAGGGUCAGAGCUGUGAGAAGCUGGUCAGCGUAAACUUCGUCGACAGAGAUUCUUACGUUCAGCUUCAAGAUGUCAAGAAUUGGCCUCAAACCAACAUCACACUACAGGUGUCAACAGCAGAAGAAAAUGGCAUCCUGCUUUAUAACGGUGACAAUGAACCAAUCGCUGUGGAGCUCCAUCAGGGUCAUGUUAGGGUCACCUACGACCCUGGAAACCAGCCUGCCACCGCCAUCUACAGUGCAGAGACGGUGAACGAUGGGCUUUUCCACACGGUAGAGCUGGUGACUUUUAAUCGGAUGCUGAACUUGUCGGUGGACGGAGGCGAGCCGACCACGCUGGACAGUCACAGCCGAAGCCAGCCGGCAACAGGGGAGGCUCCUCUGUAUGUGGGAGGUAUGCCAGAGGAGGUGAUGCCAGCCUCUCUGGGUCUCUCUUCUCAGACCCUCAACGUGUCCAGUUUCCACGGCUGCAUCAGGAACCUUUACAUCAACCACGAGCUGCAGGACUUCACCCGUAGCCACAUGAAGCCAGGGGUGGUGCCGGGCUGCCAGGCCUGCCGCAAACUCUACUGCCUGCACGGCAUCUGCCAACCCAACACUGCACAGGGCCCCCAGUGUCACUGCCAGACGGGUUGGAUGGGACAGCACUGUGACCAGCCAAUAACAGGAGGUCUUACUGGAGUGGAUGUUGUCACCACGGCAACUGGCGUCAGCCCGUGUGAAGGCAGCAAGUGUGUAAAAGGUGUGUGCGUGGCGCUGGAUGCACAAAGCUACCGCUGCAACUGUGAGGCAGGAUACCGCGGUUCACUGUGUAACCUGCAGGAGGUACCGACAGCUUCAUGCCAGGGGCUGCAGUGUCUGCACGGCCAGUGUCAGGAGAUGGAGGACGGGCAGAGCUGUGUGUGUGAGCAGGGAUACACCGGAGAGAGCUGUGACAUAGAGUCACCCUGUCGUGGUGAGCCGGUCCGAGACUACCACCGGCUGCAGCGCGGCACCGUCCUCUGCCAGACGUCCAAGCCCUUCUCCUGGGUGGAGUGUCGGGGUCGCUGCCGGGCGGGAGCCGAGCCGGCCGCCCCCUCCGCCUCCUGCUGCUCCCCGCUGAGGGUCCGACGCCGGCGGCUCACCUUCGAAUGCGACGACGGGACCUCGUUCACGCAGGACGUGGAAAAGCCUGUGGAAUGCGGCUGCAAGGAGUGUGUGUAGCACUGCGGAUGUGAUGGUGUGCACAUACACACAUGCAGACACACACACACACACACAGUUUCAAACACAGCACACACACACACACACACACCGAGCUAAAGAGGUACACACACUGUAGGAAUUCUGUCACUGAUAAACAGACGUUUGUUCCGUGUGUUUUUGCGCACAGUCGCGGUUUUGUAACAUAAGACAGUUCUUCCCUCUCGAGACAUGAAAUCAACGAGUCAACCUCAUCAUCGUCAUCUUCCUCUUCCUCACCUGCUGUAGGAGAACCUGCGCACUAACUCCCUAACCCCAGCUCAUUAUUAAUAGUUGUGUGGUGAAAAGCCUCCGUAUGCCUUCUCGUUUGUGUUUCUGACGUGUGUCGGGUUAAGUGCUGCUCUUUGUUCCCUCACAGCUGCAGCAGCAGACUUGUCGCAGGAAGUGAAGGUACUAAUUAAGCUGGGACUCGUUUGUGAAGUAUAAGCUCUGACAGUCAAAACCGAUCGGAAAAAACAUCACUCCAUUUCUAUCGCCGAUGUAAAAGAUCUCACCUCUGAGACUUCAUGUGCAGGUAUUUCUGAACAGCAGCAGCGCUGAGGUCUGACAGUGUGAUAAAGGACAAAUAAACGACAUCUUGAAGCCUCGUUCUUCGCAGACACGACUGCUGUUUCUCUAACAGGCUUUUUGUGGAUUUAAGCAUCAAACAUUCAGCUUGUGGUUGUCCAACAGUGGCAGGUGUGUGCUGGAGUUUUCUCUCAACCUGCUGUCAGUCUUCAUCAAUCUCGUCAGUUUUGUGCAGUGAGCAUAAACCCGGAAACACGGAAAGUUCUCAGUUCUCUGUAGAAAUAGGUUCCACACCACUUUAAGAGGUUGUACCGAAACACUAUACAGGGGGUCCUCAACUUACGUCGGAAUGCCGUUCCUACAGUGCGACGUAAUAUGAUUUUCGCCAUAAGUCGGAACUCAUAUAUGUCCAUAAGUACCUAUGUCACUCACCUACACAGUGGUAAAAUGGUAAUCGUUCAUCCGUCUGUGUUUCACCCUUUCCCAAGCUUUUUAUUAUAUCUAAUUUUCCUUCCGUGGAGAUGGCUUUCCUUUUCUUCUAAGCACUGCCGUAAAAAGAAGCUUGGGAGCCAUGAUGAAGGGCAAAAAGUUUCCAAAAAACAACACAAACAAAAGAAAGUGAAUGUAGCACAAUCCAAUAUGGCGUAUAACCGUCUUCCUCGUAUAGCGCCGUGUGAUGAUGACUGAUUCAUCUGCUUCUCUCGCCAACUAGUUCCCGUGCGAAAUUUGUUUUGACAUCGCAAACAACGUACAUCGGAAUGACGGAACAAGAAUUUCUUAUAAAAUUUAUAGGAGAUGGCGACGUAACCACGAAACAUCAAGGAUGUCGUAAACCGAGGAGCUGGUGGAAUACAUUUUGCUCAGUGACACACACAGAUAAAUCCUUUCAUAAUAAAAGCCAUCAAAAGGCCACACAUUUGUUUUUGGCAGUAAUCAAGCUUCCUUUCUGGUCUUGACGUUGAUAUGAAUGCCACAAACUUAGUUUUUUUUUAAGAAUAAGUCAUUACGUUUAUGCAAUUCCCGAGUAGAAACCAAAAGGACAGAGUUAAAAGUACAAGAACGUCGACCAGCAUCAAACAAUGAAACAGCCUCCAGUAUUUCUAGUCGUAUAACUGACUGACAGCAAAACUACACAGGUUAAAACCUAAAGCUUAUUAUUAUUAAAUGUUUUCUAAAAAUGUGUUUAUACCAGUAGUGUUGAUGAAAUACAUUUUUAUUUGUACGUUUCAGUGUAAAAAUAAGUGCUUUUUUCCCAAUUAUAACAAACUCCUCUAUUACAGUAUGGAAAAAAUGCGUUUUGUCAAAGGAAUUCUUGGAUUUCUAACAGUGUAGACGAGAUGUUCAUUGCACAAAAUGUGAGAUAAGAUUGGAUGUGCAGCCUCCUGUGUUAUAACUGUUGCAUUUGUGUUAAAUCAUCCCAAAUAAGCUGCUAUCUCUGAAAAUACAGUGCUCCGCAGAAAUUUAGGAACACUUAAAAAUGUCCUUAUUUUUGAAAGAAAAGCGCUUUUUUCAAUGAAGAUAACAUUAAAUGAAUCAGAAAUGCAGUCUAGACAUUGUUAAUGUGGUAAAUGACUAUUCUAGCUGGAAACAGCUGAUUUUUAAUAGAAUAUCUCCAUAGGGGUACAGAGGAACAUUUCCAGCAACCAUCACUCCUGUGUUCUAAUGCUACAUUGUGUUAGCUAAUGGUGUUGAAAGACUAAUUGAUGAUUAGAAAACCCUUGUGCAGUUAUGUUAGCACAUGAAUAAAAGUGUGAGUUUUCAUGGAAAACAUGAAAUUGUUAAUGGUGUGCAAAUUUUCUUCACUCACCUUUGUUCACUCUCAGCACUGUGUCAUCUGCAUAUCGUACUCUACCGCUCAAAAGUUUGGGGUCGUCCAGACAAUUUCAUGUUUUCCAUAAAAACUCACACUUUUAUUCAUGUUCUAACAUAAUCAGUGGCGGCUGGUGGUGAAAUUUGUUGGGUGGGCUAACAAAUGCAUAAUACCGAUUAAAUAGUUAACACAGCUGCAAAAGCCACAUCACCUAUGAUACACACAGUUACAUCAAUUACAGGUACACUACACUUUUUUCGUGCUCUACAUCAUCUCUCUCUCUCUCUCUCUCUCUCUCUCUCUCUCUCUCUCACGCGCACACACACACACACACACACACACACACACACACACAGGUUGUCUCAUCAGCUUGCACAGCCACAAAUCCACAAUUCCUUGUUGAGUUCAUGCGGUAUCUCCUCCAAAAAGUAAGCAUGGGAAACAGAAAAGUGAAUUCUUAGCUAUACUUGCCAUUAGCCAGUCCUUUCUGUCAAACCAAGAAAUGCAAAACUUACGAUUUUGUCGUUGGUCCCGUUGAGUAAUAUGAACAUCGUUUGGCCGGUGUGAUCCCAGUCUCUUAAAGCUGCUGUCCGGAGUUUCCGUUUGUUUUCAAUUUAUGUAUCAUUUUUUAACAAAGCUUAAAUGUGUUAGUCUAGUUCGAUACUAUAAUAUAAAGUUAGUAUGACGCGAUAUGAAAAUUUAUUCCUGAGCUCCGCCUUCCUCUCAUAGACCCCCAUGUUAUUCCAAAAAGCGCCGGUCGCUGCCGACCAAUCAAGUUCGAGCUUCAGCUUUGUCAUGCUGUCAAUCAACGGUUACGCGCACAGCAAGCAAGCCCAUGCAGAGGUGGGCGAGCUACGCACUACGCAACCGCGUGCACAUUUGUUUUGCUUGUGGAGGAGAGAGCAUCAAGGAUCAGCAACUUCCAGAAAAGUUACCAACCCCACGGCUUGUCAGGCCAAGAGACUGCAGGACGUUUUUUGGCUCGGGGUGCUCGCGUCGCUCCCCGACCACGGCCUCCAUAGCCCGCCUGACGGCUUCGUUUAGAUGCCCGACCUCUGGAGGAAGAUGUUGGGGCGUCUGGGACAUACUCUUCGUCAGAGGAGUCAUGCAAUUCUGAACUCUAGAUAGAAAUAAAUAAACAAUGUAACACAUACACACACGUAAAUGCACUAAGUUUGAUAAACAACGUCAUCGAGAGGGAUACACGAGUGUAAUCACAUAUUGAAACUUUACUCGUUCGUCCUCGCAGAUUCAUGUUAUUUUGGUAUUAGGACAAGUUAGACUCAAUACAGAAUUCUAACGUAAUUUCCCGUCAUGGCUUAACUUUUUCUCCCUCCUUCCCAACUCUGGCACAAAUAGCAGCACCGCUGUGUUAACUCGCUGCUAUUGGUCAAAAGUCAGUGGCCUGUGGGCUGACUGAAGUUAGCCCACAUGAUCAGUAAAUCACGGGGGCGGGACAUGACACCUGUCAAUCACUUACAAGAAGGAAAUGAAUGAAAGCGGACUGUAUCUGCUGGGGCUGUAAAAAAAUAAGCCCAUUUAGAGAUAUUCUAUGUUUUUCUUUUGACUGAUUGGUGCUGUUGCUACCUUUGGUUUCACCUAAACUUAAAACAAUCUGUUGUAAGUUAUUUAAAAAAAUAAUUUUCUCAUCUUUUUUUGUUUUUGCUUGGGAGGGCUUAGCCCUGUUAGCCCAUUUAUACCAGCCAUCCAUGAACAUAAUUGUACAAGCGUUUUCUAAUCAUCAGUUAGCCUUUCAACACCAUUAGCUAACACAAUGUAGCAUUAGAACACAGGAGUGAUGGUUGCUGGAAAUGUUCCUCUGUACCCUUAUGGAGAUAUUCCAUUAAAAAUCAGCUGUUUCCAGCUAGAAUAGUCAUUUAGCACUUUAACAAUGUAUAGACUGUAUUUCUGAUUCAUUUAUUGUUAUCUUCAUCGAAUAAAACUGCUUUUCUUUCAAAAAUAGACAUUUCUAAAUGACCCCAAACUUUCGAACGGUACUGUACAUUCACACCAACCCCCAAAAGUAACUAUAGCUCAGUGUUUCUGUAGACGAGCACGUCUUCCCAUUCAGUGAUGCAGCUGGUCAAUAAUCAGAGCUAAUUAUCAGCACCACCUACUGUUUGAAAAGUGAAUGAACAUGUGGCAAACAGUUCAUUUAAUAUCCAUAAAUCUACGCGGACGUCGAGGGCGACUUGUCAUCUCGUCCCACUUCCUGUCAGAUGAUUUGAACUCAGCCUGAAGGUUAGAGGUGAUGGAGUUCAGGAGGUGGUCAUGUUUUCCCAUUGCUGCUCACGGACGCCCUUUACCCCAGUUAAAGGGAGGGGGGCAGCGCUUGUGUAUGCUGCUUCUUGUUCUUCUGUUUUUGUGAGGACAUUUUGUCUGGUUGUUGCUUCUUCAAGGGGCUGUUUGAGAGUUAAGAACAGUUAGUGCAGUGAAUCAGAGGCUGAGCAUAUUUAAAUCCACGCCAUCCAGUCUUCCUUGCUUUCUUUUUCUUCCAUUCAUUUGUGCAAAACAUAAAAAUCUAUUAGCAGACACUGGAAACCCAGGCACCGAGCACACUCUUAAUUUGUGUUGCAUUGCUGUGUGUUCAGGCAGUUUGCUUUUUCAGUGUUAAUUCAUGUUUUUUAGAUUUUGUUGCUCAUCCUCAUAAUGGCGGAAUCAUGUGGAAAAAUACACAUUAUUGGCAUUAUUUUUUCUCCUACUGCAAAGUGAUGAUUAGAACUAUUCAUCACUUCACUUUUUCUUCACAGAACAAAAAAAAGCAGCAAAUCUUUACAUUCGACAAACUUCUGCUUGACUAAAAAUGGCUAAAACAAUUGAAUAUUUUUCCUCUUUGCAGCUGCAAAGCGGCUUUGUAAACCCAACGUUCACUGUGACUGCAACACUCAGAGCAAACUCACUGCUAAUUGAUUUUCAUGUUGCACAGAAAACAAUGGAAACUGAUGGAUGAGUGCUUCCAAAUUCUUCUAACACAUCAGCGUUGUUUGCGAAAUGAACCAUUGCGAUUUAAACUGCAUCAGUGAUUUUAAAUGCAUUCAAAACCACACAAUGUUGUUGAAUUUUGCCAUCUUUGGUUACAUUUUUUUAAAGAGAUUUUCAAGUGUUUAUACACCAUUGUGAUGUUGUUGGUACGUAGCAACCAAUAAUGUAAUACAGUUUUUGAGCCAUUAAAGUAGAAACAUUUUGCCAGUAAUGUAAGAAUACUACGUUGAUUGUUUGUUAUGUUAACGGCCUAGCUUUAAAAAAACAAUCCUUUGGAAUAAUGCAUAAAUAGGACCGCAUCUCUUCUCAUAUAUGUCAGAGAGCCUAGAACAGAAGAUGACUGUUCUGUUAGUAUUAUGAAGCUCUACAAGGCUGCUGGAUGUAAAACAGGGUCUAAGUCUACAUAUGAAAGAGUUAUAUAAAGGACCGCCGAUGGAUGAAAGCCUGGAUUGUUCUCAGUAAUGUACAAAGUUAAAGACAUUAACUGGAAGAAAUAUGUCAAUUUUAUGUUGAUGUUUUCCCCUUAGUUCAUUAUGUACAUGAUACUUUUCAGUUUUUUGGAGUUAAGUGCCAAUGUAGUGCCAGUCCAGUUAUUUAUAUACAGUUUAAAAUGAGGACUCAAUCAUUUUUCCUUGAGAAAUGUUUUAAAAAAGUUUUAAUGAAAUGUUUUCUGAGGGAAAAAAAUGUGGUAAAUUCAUUUGAAAACACAACAUCCAACAGAGACGCUGACAUGGAGUAAUGGAUUUGCAUAUCUAAGCAACUAUACAUUAUCCUAAAUGAAGAUUUUGUACUGCAGAUAAUUCUCAAAUUGGGUUUUAUAACCAUAAUUAAGGACAGUGAGAGCUACAUGGGACGUGUCCUUGAUGAAUGAAUAUGACGACUUUGCCGUCUGCUAUACCUACACUACCGUUCAAAGGUUUGGGGUCACUUAGAAAAGUCCUUAUUUUUGGAAGAAAAGCAAUUUUUUUUGUAUGAAGAUGACAUUAAACAAAUCCGAAACACAGUCUCGACAUUAUUAAUGUGAUAAAUGACUAUUCUAGCUGGAAACAGCUGAUUUUUAAUGUAAUAUCUACAUAGAGAUACAGAGGAACAUUUCCAGCAACCAUCACUGUGUUCUAAUGCUACAUUGUGUUAGCUAAUGGUGUUGAAAGGCUAACUGAUGAUUAGAAGACCCUUGUGCAGUUAUGUUAGCAUGUGAAUAAAAGUCUGAGUUUUUAUAGAAAACAUGAUAUUGUCUGGGUGACCCCAAACUUUUGAACGGUGGUGUAGUUCUCACUCUGCUAUUUUAUGGUUGUAAGAGUCAAUUUGAGAAUUAUUUGUUGUACAAUAUUUUUACUUAAAAAUACUGUUUAUUCCAUUUAAAAUCUGAAGUGUCCGGCUAAGAAUAGUCAUUUACCACCUUAAUAAUGUCUACAUUGUAUUUCUGAUUAAUUUAAGUUUGUCUUCAUUGGAAAAAAACAAACUGCUUUUCUUUCCAAAAUAAGGACGUGACCCCAAACUUUUGACCAGUAGUGUAUGUGGGAUGUAUACUUGAUAAAUGAAUAUGACGACUAUGCCAUCCACUCUGCCUAUUUUUGAUGAGCAAACUGCACAAAAAAAUCUUUUAUGUCCAAGAAAUGCAGUCCUGUUUCGGUAUCAUCACAUUAUUGACUGCAGUUAUUACAUUAUCAAAGGAUUUUUUGAAAAGAUAUUAAUGCUAGGCCAUAAAAACCAACCAAUAACUUAUUGACUUAUUACAUUAUUGGCUUUAUUGCAUUUACAAUGGCCAGAUUUACUACAUUAUUAGCCGGUAUUACGUUACUGGUUGCUACAGUGGUAAAACGCAGCUAUUUUUUUGUGCAAGAUAACUGAAAAUUUGACAUCCCAGCUAGUGGAAAAGGUCUGUAUGUCGAAGGUUAAAGGGUACAGAAAGUAUUAUUGUUAUGCGAACGGAGGUCCUCACAAGUGUAGAAGCGCAGAGACGCCUGUGUGUGUUUGUCAUUGUAAGACACUUCCAACGACCAGACGCCGUCCCUCAUAAUGAGCCUGAGUGAACGACGACGCAGAUCAAAACGCUCCCUCUGAUCUGUCGGAGAGCCAGUGAACGCAUCAUACAAAUGUAGCUUUUAUAUAUAUAAUGUCAUGUUAUUUAUAUGGAUGUGAAACUAAAAUAAAAGAUGUGUAAUGUUAAUGUUUUAACAUGUUUUUAUGUUUUUUAUUUUAGGCCGAGUGGAUCAGAAUUAAACUAAUGUAGCUUUUAUUAUCAUUAUUGUUAUAAGUGCAGUACAUCUACACACAGUAACAACCUAACAGAUUGUAAUAUAUAUUAUACGCUUGAUUUUGUCAUAGUAUUUUUAUAUGUUGGAGAGGAUGUUGUCACUGUUUUCAUCUGUAGCCUGUAGAGAAAUCUUUGUCAAGAAAAACAAAACAACCUUCCAUCAUCUUUCAUGAGGGUUUUACAGAACGGUUUGUUUUGUGUCGUCUCACCUGAGCGGAGACGACGAGUAGUGCUCCUGUUACUUUUUUUUUCUAUUUAUUUAAAUAAAGAACUGUUUCUCCUUC